CAGCAAGGAACAACAACAGCAAAACGACAACACACAAGCAAGCCAUGGCACAUGAUGAGGAGGAAGGUGAUAUGGUGAGCCUUGUCGGGGCACGCGAGGUGACGGAGGACGAGGUGACACACGAGACGCAGCGCAUGCGACGCAUUGUGUCGUACAUGAUCCUGGCGUUCCUGUUGGCAAUGGUGGUGGUUGGCAUUGUGGCGGGCGUGGUGGACAGCCGCGGGAAGAAGCUGCCGAGCGAUCCCACGGCGAGGGCGGAGGCGCUGCUCUCGGCCAACGUGCUCAUCGACGGACACAACGACCUCCCCUGGCAGAUGUACAAGCAGUUCAACAACCACCUGGAGCGCGUGAACCUGAACAAGCACGUGCCCAGCACGCAGACGGACAUCCCCCGCUUGCGGCAGGGCAAGGUCGGGGCGCAGUUCUGGGCCGCGUAUGUGGAGUGCAACUCGCAGUACCGCGACGCCGUGCGGGCGACGCUGGACCAGAUUGACGUGAUCAAGCGCAUGGUUGCGAGGUACCCGCAGGUGUUCAGCUUUGCCACGUCCACGCACGACAUCCGGCAGGCGUUCUCGAGCGGCAAGAUUGCGUCGCUCAUCGGCGUGGAGGGCGGCCACUCCAUCGACAGCAGCCUUGCCACGUUGCGCCUCAUGUACGAGCUCGGCGUGCGCUACAUGACGCUCACCCACUCGUGCCACACCCCGUGGGCCGAUUCCUGCGGCCCGGGGGAUGAUCCGCACCACGGACUCACGGACUUUGGCGUCAAGGUUGUCCACGAGAUGAACCGCCUCGGCAUGAUGGUUGACCUGUCGCACGUGUCUGCAGAGACGAUGCGUGUGGCGCUGAACGUGACGCGGGCGCCAGUCAUCUUCAGCCACUCGUCCGCAUAUGCACUGUGCAGCAACCCACGCAACGUGCCGGACGACGUGUUGCGCCUCGUCAAGACCAACGGCGGUGUUGUGAUGGUAAACUUCUACAGCCACUUCAUCAGCUGCAGCCCGCCCGCUGCCAACAUCACGCUUGCCAUGGUCGCGGACCACAUCGACCACAUUGCCGGCAUAUGCGGCGUGGAGUGCGUUGGUAUCGGCUCCGACUACGACGGCGUCUCCACACUCCCCGCUGGCUACUACUCUUAA